AUGGCAACCCAAAAAUCAACUUCUCUGCUCCUCAAGGCCAUAACAUGCCUAUUCAUUCUAGCUCUUGCAAUUACACACACCACCUCAGCCAGAGUCCUUGAUGAGGAAGAUGACACACCUCAGACCCAAGUACCUGUUUCCACCGUACCUCCUCCUGUGGUCGGUGCCACAUCAGCCAGCCCGAGCGCAACGGUGGCCAAUGGAGAGUCCGGCCAUCUUUCAUUCUUUCUGCAUGAUAUAAUCGGUGGGACUAACCCUUCAGCCAUAGCUGUGACUGGCAUUGUGACCAACCCAGCUGGUAAUGGCCAAGUUCCCUUUGCUAAACCUAAUGGAGCAGUUCUCCAAGGCGACAAUGGCAUUCCACAAAACAGCAACAACAAUGGGAUCAUCAACAAUAACAACGUCCCCUUCUUCACAGGCCUCGGAGGAAACAUCAACAACAACCUCAGACAAAAUAACAACAACUUCAUUGGCGGGAACAACGGGUUCCCCGUUCUGAACGGGGCCCAACUCCAACCAGGGCAGUCGCUUCAGAAGCUCAUGUUCGGCACACUCACCGUCUUUGAUGAUGAGCUCACUGAAGGCCACGAGCUUGGCUCUGGCUUGUUAGGCAAGGCACAAGGAUUUUACGUCGCAAGUUCUAUAGAUGGGAGCAGCCAGACCAUUGCUUUCACUGCAAUGUUUGAGAGUGGUGGAUAUGCUGAUAGCCUCACAUUCUUUGGGGUACACAGAAUGGCUGCUUCUGAGUCUCAUCUUGCAGUUAUGGGAGGGACGGGGAAGUACUUGAAUGCAAAAGGGUAUGCUUUGGUUAAGACCAUGAAUGGAGUGAAUCAGCAAAAUACUGAUGGAGUUGAUACUGUUCUUCAGUGUACUGUGUAUCUUAGCUAGCUACUAGUGUCUGCCUUCACUCUUGAGGUUUUAUAAGCUGUUGUAAUGUGUGUGUUUGCUAUUUCAUUUCAUCUCUCUAUGAAUCAGUGUGAGACAUCCUUGUGACUUAAACUGCAGAAGUGAUCGAUUGUAUACACAAGUACUCAGGUGCUUAAUUUUCUUUCAUAUA